GACACACCGAGGGGGGACACGGGGGGACAGAGGGCGAUGGUGCCGCUGCGGCGGUUGCUGCGGGUGGCGGGCAGGGCCGGGGGCAGCGCCGGGCUGAGCCGGGCCGGGCCGAGGGCCGGGCAGGAGGAGGAGGAGGGGGAGGAAGGGCAGUGGCGGCUCUACCCCGGGCACAUCCCCACCAGCCCGCUGCAGAAGGCGCUCCUGGCCGCCGGCUCGGCCGCCAUGGCGCUGUACGACCCCUACAGGCACGACAUGGUGGCAGUCCUCGGGGAGACCACGGGCUGCCUUGCCCUGCCCAACCUGCGAGACAAGAUGAAACACCACCCUGAAGGUUACCGCAUCCUCCAGGAACGGCCUCGCAUCCGUCUUUCCACCCUGGACAUGGCUAGACUGCAGGGGCUGCCAGACGGCAUGCUGGGCCGAGAGUAUGUCCGGUUCUUGGAGGAAAACAAGGUUUCUCCAGACACCCGAAUGCCGCCCAAGUUUGUUGAUGAUGAGGAGCUGGCAUAUGUGAUCCAGCGGUACCGAGAAGUUCAUGACUUGAUGCACACCCUCCUGGGCAUGCCAACAAACAUGCUAGGUGAGAUUGUGGUGAAGUGGUUCGAAGCCAUCCAGACGGGGCUGCCCAUGUGUGUCCUGGGAGCAGCGUUUGGCCCUGUCCGUCUCAGUGCACAAAAGCUGCGGGUCUUGGCCACUGAGCUGGUUCCCUGGGCGAUUCGGAGCGGGCGCAAUGCUAGCUGUGUCCUGAACAUCUACUAUGAGCAGCGCUGGGAGCAGCCAGUGGAGUCCCUGCGGGAGGAGAUCGGCAUCUUCCCUCCCCCAGCUGUUCGAGUGUGAGAGCUCAUGUACAGGGAGGGGACAGGAUAUCCCCGUUGGCAGACAGCAGCCAUCCCCUGCUGCGCUCCAUCUCCUUCUGCCCAGGAGCACAGCGUGGCCCUGCUGCCAGCUGCCACGGACCCGGGGCCUGACUUUGCUCCUGCCAAGAGCUGGCACCCUCCGGUUGGUAGAGGCCAAGUGGCACCUCCCGGUGCCGUGACAAAACUUGACUUUUUCUGCUGUUUGUGAUUCAGUGGAGGGAUGGCAGGUCCUGCUGUGCCUUCGCCAGCUGUGCCUGGCUGCUGGCUCCAAUCUUGAUGCUUCAAAAUGCUGGAAUGGGGAGGGAGGAGAGCUGGUUUACAACACACCGGAGCAAACCUGGCCUUCAGCUGCUCUACGGCUGUACAAGUAAAUCCCUCCACCCACCCUCCCAGGGAAGACCGAGGCUGAAAUUCUUGGAGACGCCCUGGACUAGAGCUAAACCAGUGAUUCACAAGAGCAGCCCAGAGGCAGGUUUGAUGUGUGCAACAGUGAAAUCCCAUCCUGUACUGGUGCCUUACUGGUCUCCUGAUGGGUCGUACAGGAUAUGCCUCACACCUUGGCGAUCAGGUGGUGCGCGAUUGCACCGAGGCAGGUGCAAUCCUGGCUGGAUUGGCUGCUGUGUCUCCCUGUAGUCCCUUCCCUUCAAAAAUACUGAAAUCCACAUGAUUGUGCUGGGUUUUCAGUAGGAAUGAUCUCCUUGGGCAACAAAAUUACGUGAUUGGGAAUAAGGGGCUCAAUCCUGGGAGUGCAGAAACAGCAGCUGUUUGCACUGCAUCUGGGAGCUGAUUGCUGUCUGGGUUAAUUAAACAAGGCUCCAGACUGCCAGUGGCUGGAGUGCAGAGCUGUCCAAUGUGAGGGCAGAGAGCGACGAGGCCAAGGGCUCUGUCUGCGUGUGGGUUUGCUGUUGAAAUUCCUUCUUGCUUAAUAAAUUCCAUGGUGG